AUGAGUUAUAAAGCGAGUGGUUCACAUCCAGAUUCAUUUCCUUCAGCGGACCAGUCAUAUAUCGCAACCCAGUGUACACAAGGUCUGCAGAAUAAUAUUUUAAUGGCGACGAAUGAUUCUCAGCAACAGCAACAGUUUCAGCAACAGCAACAACAACAACAGCAACAACCUCCACAACAACAACAGCCGCAACCUCAGCAGCAGCAACCUCAGCAACAGUGGACAAAGCAACCCACGGUAGAAAAUUCUGAUCUAAAAGAAAAGCUAAACUGCAAGAAAACACUCAACGAGUACAUACUUGAUUUUCUUACGAAAUCGUCAUUAAAGAAUACUGCAGCUGCCUUUGCUCAAGAUGCGCAACUAAGUAGAGACAUUGACCACGAAGAAGUAGACGGUCCCAAUUUCAACGAAAGUAUUGGUAACCGAAGCUCGCUGUCAAAGGUGGUAGAGACACCUCAAGGUUUUUUGUAUGAAUGGUGGCAAAUAUUCUGGGAUGUUUUUAAUACUAGCUCUUCCAGAGGCGGUUCAGAGUUUGCUCAACAAUAUUACCAACUGGUUCUUCAGGAGCAAAGGCAGGAACAAAUUUAUAGAAGCUUGGCUGUGCAUGCGGCAAGGCUACAACACGAUGCAGAGCGAAGAGGAGAAUACAUUAGCGAAGACGUGGAUCCUAUGCACUUGGCUGCCAUGAUGCUGGGAAAUUCCAUGUCUCCUGCAGCUCCAGUUCAGAAUGUUAAUGUGAAUCCUAUGCCGAUUGCAAUGGUUGGAAAUCCAAUCGUCAAUAAUUUUCCAAUUCCACCCUACAAUAAUACAAACCUUUCAAUUGGAGCAGCAGCAAUGGCAGCAGCAGCAUCGCCUUCUGGGGAUUUUGCUAAUAUGGCACCAACCCAGAAUCGAAAUCAAAACUUUACUGGCUGGCCAGUCUAUAGCUACCCACUUCAACCCACUACAGAAAAUUCAAUGGGAAGCCCAUGUAACAAUAAUACCAUCAAUAAUACGACUAAUAACAAAUCUCCCAUAAACCCACCUAAAAACCUAAAAACUAUGCAUACAUCUGAUAAACACAAUAAUGUUCCAAUGCCCAAGUGUACAAGAAGCAGGUCCGCAACUUGUAGAGCUAAGGGCAGAGCAACAGCUGGCCCAGGCGCUAAGAAACGAAGGAAAAACAAUACAGCUACCGUUUCUGCAGGAUCUACCAAUGCUGGGUCGCCAUAUAUUACUACUCCGGGCUCGACUACAAGCGAACCUGCUAUGGUAGGUUCAAGGCUCAAUAAAACUCCAAAAUCUGACAUGGCUACUAACUUCCGUAAUCAAGCAAUAGCAUUUGGUGAGGAAGACAUUUACUCUAAUGUUAAAUCCAGCCCUUCGAUGGAAACUGUCUCUCCGUCCACUGCAGUUACUAAGCAUCCAGCGAAGCCAAGGAAAAAUCAAAAAAAGGCAUCGACAUUAGCUUUCCCAAUAGAGUCGGCAAGUAAAAAUAAUAGCAAUAACGUGGUGACAGCUAAGAAACACAGUCCAUCCAGCAUAAAAGUGUCGAGAAGGAAAUCUACACCAUCUAUAAUUUUAAAUGCUGACGCUACUAAAGAUGAGAACGAUAUGCUAAGGACAUUUUCCAAUAAUACCACCCCGAACAUGCAUUCAGCUCCACCCACUAAGACCAUAAACUCUUUCCCUUUUUCUGGUUUAAACCUGGGAAGUUUCAACAAGCCAGCUGUUUCCAGUCCAUUGUCCUCGGUUACUGAGAGUUGCUUUGAUUCCGAAAGUGGCAAAGUCAUUGUGAAGGGUGGGCCCAAACGUGCGGUGAACGGAAAAGCGUCAGCACCAUCCCCUUUGAACAUAGCUACACCUCCUCCUGGCGACUCUCAGAAGCAAAGAAAUUCCAAAACAGUAGGAAAUGUGGUUAUAAAACCGCCACAGGGGUUUUCCACCACUAAUCUAAAUAUUACGCUAAAGAGUUCAAAAAUAAUUCCAUCACUGAAUAAUUUAGUCCCACAAGAAUUGCCGACUCGAGAAAAACCACCGGAACCGUCAGUGAAUAAGGAUCCAAGAAAUAAUAAAGGCAACAACAACGCAUUAUCUACCCCGGAGGAGAAGACACCGAGCAGCGCUAAUCAAGCAUAUGACUUUGGAGUCCUUAAAAACGCAGGCUCUUUGUUGUUUCCUAAUCAAGCAUACACGUCUACUAAUAGAACACCAAACGGAAAUUUAAAUUUUCCUAAUGAAACUUCUGUAUCUAUAAAUAAAGGCAAUGACGAUAGGGCGUUAGUUCAGCCCGCAUCCGAUAUCGGUGCUACUUUGGAAACUCAGCAACCCAGUACUGCUGAACGUCAGAAUCCACCGCCGCAAAACAUGAAGUUCGAGAAUGUCGGUAUGGUUGGAGGUCAGGAACCGGAUUAUGAUAUAAAUUUACUGGAAGCAAACGAAAAUGACUUCAAUUUUAUCAAUUGGGAAGGUUAA